CACCGCCCUUGAGGUGCAUCCAUCCAUCCCGAUACAAACUGUCGGUAUUCCUCCACCACAUCUCUCCUUCCUUCACUUCCCAUCGUCUUCUGUUCUGUCUUCUUCACAGGGCACUCAACUUCCCUUCCGGAACGACCAACACCGGAACGAAACCACCAAAUCCAAACCCUGGCCCGCUGACGCUUUGACGGCUAGGACCAAACGUGAGCAACGCCAUCAGGUUAGCAGACUGUACCUUGUUCCUUAUCUUUGUCGCAACUUCUCGAUAGCGGCAGCCGCGUGACAUCCCCAAGUCAUACCUAAGGUAAGGUAGUCACCUCCGAUAAACCGACCGCCUUCUCGUCCCAUCUCAUCCUAUCCCUUCCAGUCCCUUGCCAUUUCCCCACCCCGCGUUGGCCAUUUGGUUCCGCAAGGCAAUACCAGCUGGCAAGCACGCAGCAGCGAGCACCUUCUCGGUAAGCUGGGCAAGGCAGGCCAGGCAGACAGGCAGGUACACCGUACAGGCAACACCUGCCGCCGACCGACCUUGACGACGCACCCUACCUACCUUUACCUGAGUACCCCCAUCUACCUUAGGUUGCUUCACCUCCCGUCACAAUCCUCCUACACAUCCAAAAGGCCCGUCCAGAGUUAGUUGAAUCUCUUUUUCUCUCUCUACAUCCCCGAAUCGCCUUUGCUACCUAGAUGUUCAAUUUCUUGGAUCAGGUCGUUUGUCCCGAAGAAAAAGCAACCCCUCUACGCCCCUCAACCGUCGUCCGUUGUGUCAGCUCACGAGCGUGACCUGCUUCAUAUCCCGCUUUACCCCUCCAUCCUCCCACCACCGCCACAACCAUCACACAACCACUCCGUUCAUUCCUUUCACCACAUACAGCCGCCGACUGUCGAGCAUAUCCCAUUCCUUCCAGCUUCCAGACUUCCCGAGGCAUGACGGGAUAACACAAAAGGCUAACCCUUGUUAUCUCGGUAUGGAAGAGCAGCACAGCGCCGAUUCUACCACGGACGUCGACACAUCUACCCACAGCCCGGCAGCAUCGACAACCCUGUCAUCUUCUGAGCUGACUUUGAGGUUCCCCCGACCACAAGGAAACCGACAACUGGCUAGCUGGAUUUCCUCCAGCGAACCCGACAUCAUGACUCCCUCAGAAGCACCCGAAGAUGUCGCUGCACUGUCCGAGAGCACAUACGAAUUUAUCAACACUGACGACGAGAGCCAGGAUGGCCGUGGCACCGAAGCUGAGUCGUUGAGCUCUUUUGAUUAUGCCCGCCCCGACGACGUCCACAGCCUCGCUGGCACUGAACAUACAGAGGACAUGACCAACCAGUCCGAUACGGACUCGCAAGACUCAGAGGACGCCGCGCAAGACAGGUCUCGAGCCUCAUCUAUUCAAUACGCUGAGCAGAGCCUCCUCAAUCCGUCCUCCCGCGUCCCGACGCCGCCCUUGGGCGUCGACAGCUCCAUGGACAUCAGCCAGCAAACCCCGCUGGUCCAGUCCAUCGAGUUUGACGAGACGCAAGACCCAGUCUACUUCAAGCAGGUGUCAGUCAAACAUACAAUUCACACCUUUGCCGAGGAGCAGUCGACCUCCAUCGCCAAGACACUUCACUUCCCAGACCAGAACAAGCGUCUCAUCGCAGCAGUCCGUCAAACAAUGGCGCCACACUGUCUAGCGACAAAGGAGCCUCUUCGGAUCAUGUACACGGGCAGCCAUGCAGCUAGGCAUGAUAUCAUAUACAAAAUUUCCUCGGCCUUCACAGCAUCUGCAUCCGCGGAUGGAUGCGGCAUCAGCGAAGAUGCUGGCAUUUACAACGUUGUGCCUAUAUCAUCUCUUGGAUCUCCCAAGGUCCCCGAAGUUGAGUUGAUGAAGACUUCACAAUACCAAAUCAAGGUCGAAAAUUGCACGGCAGCGAAGGAGGUUGUCUACCAAGGCGAACGUUUCCUGGGUGAGACUGUCUAUCACAUCACUGUGGACGGUGAUCGGAAUUUCCAGUCUGCUUUUGCGCCCAGUGGAUCUAUCAUUGAGCCUUCAUGGACGCUACCCCAUGUCGCCAUCUUCUACAUUACGGAGAAUGACGAUGAGGCUGCUAGAAGCACCCGGAAUGCUGCAUGGAACUUCAUGCAAAGACACGCCGUGCCUAGCGUCUUCAUUUCAAACGACGAGGUCCACCAUCAACCUAAUGCGAUAUGGGAUGACAUGAUCAGCCAGCACGCUAUCCACAUCUGCGUGGAGUCUUCUGACCGGGCCAUGCCUUCUAUCAAGCUCCCAAUCGACCUGACCUCAUUCCUCAACAUCGAUGCUCGCCAGAUGAAUCGAAACCUGGCCUACCUUACCGGCCUUUACGAUCACGCAGACUGGAGGAAGAGCAAGUGUGACUCUAACACCAUGAGCAAGACUGUUCAUCGUGCUUGGCGCCGCGCUGUCGAGAUCGUGGAAGAUAUCGACCUAUGGGUCGUGGGCCAGACCACGUUUCUGGUCCUCAGCGUCAUCGCCACAGCACUGCUCUCCAACUACUUCUUGGCAGGAGUUUCAAACACACCAGCACUUUCCACAGUCUCUUCUACCACAGCUAGUACACUGUCACCCUUGACCUCGACAGUACUGUCGACUUCGACUUCGACAAUCAACCUAUCCACCACAACGAUUCGGGUGGCUCAAAAAGCGUCGGCAACUAGCAACACGGCUGUUGCACCGUUCGCAGAGCUUGCCGACUUCAUUGCAGACAAAUUUCCUGACAAAGCCUACGUAUGCUCGGCGGAGAAGGUCAGCCGCAAUGAGAUUCUGAUCAAAAUCCCCUCUGGCACGAAAACAUCAUGGCUUGCCAAAGAUUCGAUCACUAUCGAUGUCCUCAAGGGCGAGAGGUCUAUUAAGACCAGAUUCUCUUCGACCGACGAGGGAAUCUUGAUUGAAAUCCCAAAGUCGGAAGCGCAUGGCAUCCUCACUAUUGCGGUCAAUACAACUCGAAAGCCCAAGGUCAAUGAGACCUUUGUGGUCGACCUUGGAAAGACCGUCCUCGAGCGUUGUCUUGGAUAUGGCAAGGCGGUGGCUUCCCAUGUCCUUGAUACAGCAAACAGUGUCGCACAUCAGGCAGAGGAGCGAGCCUUCGACCUCUCAAGCCUCAACUUCCUGAGCUUGGACACUAUCGUAGCGGAUGCCAGAGGGUUGUCUACCCGCAUCACCGCGAGGGCUGCAAACGCUGCGAAUGCCAUCGUCAAGGGAUCUGCAGAGCUAUCUGAGAACCUGCAGAGCCUGAGAAAUCCGCAGCGAUUGCAAGAGUUUAGAGACCGAGCGAACAUUGUGUUCACGAAGGCCCAGCUCCAAUCUCGGCUCCUGGCGUUGAAGGUCUUGCAAAAGACGGAAGAGCAUAAGGUCUACUUGGACAAGGCCAAGAAGCACAUGGAAAAACUGCGGUUGACAGCGACGGAGGCCCACAACCAACGUCUGGAUAAGGAGAAGAAGGAGAUGCGAGCUCGUCGGAAGAGAGAGCGCCUGGCGGCUAGAUGUCAAACAGGCUCCGGCUUUUCUAGAUGGACGCAGCAGUGCCGACAGCAAGGAUGAGUCUGAUUUUACACGCAAGUAUGGAGAUACCUUGGAGGCCAGUUAGGGACAAGGACUGGAAGGAACUGGAGUUAUCGGUAUGGGUUCUGUAAUGGCUGUCUCAACUUUUUUUGCUUCAUUCGCCCUUCAAUGUUUAGUUAUUCACACCGCUCUCCCCACUCUUCCCACAUAUUGUUCGCAGUUGCGACGGCGACGUGAGGCAGGUCAGGGAAAGCUCCGCCGCGUUCCCGAGUAUCUAGUCGCUUUGAGGCGGCUACAGUAUUUAUGAAUGGAUGGACAGCAAUGAUAGACUACGAGCAGGCUUCUGCAAUGAUAGACUAC